GCCACAGCAACAGGAACAAUUCCUCCGCUCUCUGGAGAAGGCAACAGGGCGGUUGCGUGCUCGAGAGAAGAAGGCCCGGGGGGAGCCCUCUCGCCCUGCCGGGAGGGAGGCGCCGCCGCGCCGAUUCGACCCGCCGAUCGGCCGUCCGCGAAGACUUCGAAUGUACCUUCUUCCUGUGACUCUUCUACAGCCAUUAAAUUAUUGAAGGCACCCUUUGAUGGUUCAAUCCAUGUUGGAACUCUAUAAGUUCCAUCGGACAAAGAACAUAUAAGUUCUGCAGUCAGUUUUUCGUUAGAAGCGGAAGUGUUGAAUCUGUUAAAGGUACAACACUGUUGUCCUUUGCUUUGAUGGUAUGCAUGAAAUUCGAAGUUACUAGCACCAACAUGUCUUCUGCAUCUUCAGGUUAGUGAGAUCUGGCCUCCACAAUAGCCCACCUUCUUGAAAGCAGAUAUAUAAGGCUUAUUAGAGUUGGAGUUCAAUCUUUGGGGGACACAAAUUGAUUCUGUUAUUUGUUUGACUUCAAUUUGGGGCAUAUCCGGGCUUUAGAUUGGGUGAGGAACUGUCGUUUCAACGAUUUAUAUGAUGGUCAGGUACUCAGGACAGAUACACAUUCAUACUUUUCUUUCUCCCCCUGGAGUCCAUGCCUGAUGUACUAGUUGAACGCUGCAAAAAAAAUGGAGUUCCUUUUCUUGUUUGACAUCUUGAUUGACCAAAAUCAAGCUCUCAUUAAAGGUCAAACAAAUGGGCAAAAUUUUGGACUCCUUGAUUAGUUUUUUGCAGUGUUAAGUGCUGCUGCGGCAAAUGGGAGUGAUCCAGUUGGUCUAGGCCUUAUGAGGACCUUGUCCUCAGUAAGAGCAUAUGUUCAACAUCACUGUUGGACUUGUGUUGCCCUUAGCGUGAGAGAUGGCGACUACUAUUACAAGAUUGUAACAGCUUUUUUAACUGCAGAAGAGGGGUCCUCUAAUGUGAUUUUUGGAAGAGCUGUUGCUGCUAACUUCAUAUCAUUCUGAGGACUGGAAAGGGUGGACUAGUGCCACUCUUAGCACCUACCACCUAGAACUUUAGCCCAUUGGUUGCUUUGUAUGGUGAAAUACAUUGAUCAAGUAUAAAGGCGAGAAGCGUAGUCUGAUGGCCCUCUGUUAACUUAGAGCUGGAGAGGGAUAUCGUUAUCCGUGGAAGUAUUGGCCAGAGCAGCAUGAUCACCCAGUAGUCCUGAUUUGGGUGAUAGACUUACGGAUAGAUUGGUGUAAAUUUUGGAAAAGAACUUUAAAAGGUUGUUUCAUAUAUAAUUAGUUGAUCUGAAGAUCCUUUCCCAAGUAAAAAUCAGCUUAUCACGUAGAACUGGUUGCAGCAAUGGUAGCUGGGCCCAUGAAGUACCAGUUUCUUUGGAUCACUGGGAGAAUGCCAUUGUCAUUGAACGGAAAAGGAGGCUAGUUGAAAUAGGUCAAUUGAUGGUGUUGGAAACAAGAUGCAUUUAUCCUAAGCAGAACAAAAGGGUACCACAAUUUCAAGGCAGAACCUUAGCAAUCUUGUGCCUCUGGUGUUUAUUUACAUGGGCAUGUUUGUACCUGACAUGUUAAUGCAAUGUCUACCUGUCUUCAUAUUCCCUGGGGCUUCUGGAGCUGAUAGCUAGCACUAUACUUUCUGCCUUACAUAUCCAUUUUCCUUCCCAUUUUACAGAAUUUUGUAUAAUUAAUAAAUUUCUCUCCCUGUGACUUAGCUCAUUCAGAUGGGCUUUUUUCAUGCCAUGUAAAGAUAGAAGAUUCUGGCAGAUCUGUUUAUGCUUAAUAGAAUGUAAUAUGAAGUGUACUGUUUCAGAAGUGCUGCCAUAUAAUUUAGUUGUACAUUGUUUGAACUUCUUUGACUGCUGCUGUAUUACCAUUUGUACAGAUGCUUUCUGUAUGGUUUUGCCAUUUAAGAUUGGUCCAUUCGCUUGAUGUUGAUCAGAGUCCUGGUGUAUGUUUGUACUGCUUUGCUUAACAAAUGCUGUGAGCUAGUGUCUUUGUAGGUUAGGUAUUAGGAUUUUCAUACUUCAUACUGAACCAUUGCAAUAUUAUCUUUGAUCCAAAUAUCCAUAAAUCGUAUAGCUGCUUAUCUAGUGUUUUUUCUAAUGUUUGAGAUAAAACUAUGCGGCAUUUUUUAUUGACCUUUCAGUUUCUUUCGACUUCCAUUAUUUGAAUGGAAACAAACCUUUAUGAAAGGUAAAAUUUACAUAGUGUGACUUAGCUGAAGUAUAUAUUUUAGGUAACUUGAGAUGAUAAUGAUAUGCCAUAUACAGUUUUUCUCUUCAACUUACAUUUACAUUUCCUAAAGCUGUAGGAAAAAAAAAAUCUGCUACUUGUAUUGGGCAAAUCUCGGGUUUCCACCUUUAUGCAAGUAUACAAUGAUAUUGCCAUCUCUAGUUUAUUUCUGUAAACCAUAUACUUUAGUCAAAAUGCUUUGUGUUUGGCUUCUUAAUUACAUCAGCACGAUGUUCAAAUGUUUGCAUAGUCUUCUUGGAUAUGAUGGGAACUUCAUUUGUGUUGUGAGUGUUUUGCUAAAGUUAAAUAAGACACUGGAUAUGAUGGAACUAUUGGACUUUGGGCAUCUAACAUGUGUGACUGUAAUAUCACAUCUUGUGGUUCCAAGGUUUGAAUUAUCCUUAAUUUAUUCCAGAAGCCUAAGCAUUUGUGACUCUAUGUAUAUUUUCCUUUUCUUUUUAUUAACAGCUACGCCUCUGUUUGAAGCUUCAAUUUAUUUUGCUUGAAUACUAAUACUGAGCCUUUAUAAUUUUCCAGGUUAAAGAAAAUCUAAUCUUACUGUUCAUGUACUAUGGCGGGACAUCAUAAUAACAACACACAUAUGUCCAGGAUGGAUCAUAUGAACCGGUUCCAGAAUGAACCACCACCUUUUGGUCCAAAGUUAUUUAUGCAUCCUAGAAGUGAUGCAGUAAAUGGACCUCUAUCACCAGGUUAUGGGGGAGCAGCAAUAAGAUCAAAUGACCUUCCAUCCUCAAGUCACAUUGGCCAACCUCAUACCCAGCCUAUUGAAGCCCCUGGAACCAUGCUUGCACCCUAUGCUGGCUAUCCCCAUGCUGGAAGCUCCAGUAGCAUCUAUGCACCACAUAAUACUCAACAUCUGCCUGCUUUGAGUUAUCCACAUAGAUCUGAGGAUAGCUUCGCUCCAAGUUCCCAUAUUGAUGACAGAAGGGUUGCACAGAAGCGGAGAAACCCAAUUAUUCAUCCAAUGGAUGGAUCCAGUGUUGGGAGCUGUUAUGCUUCUAGUUCGUCUAAUCCUCAAUUCCCUCGGUACAUGCCUCCAAAUCCUGUUCCUGUUCCUGAACCCUGCCCUCCUCGAAUACCCUCAAAUAUGGGUUCAAGCUAUUGGAGUGAUCAUCGCUUUGGUAAUCAUGGAGGAUCUCAGAGGAACGUAAGAGGGCGACAUGAUCACAAUUCUAUCCAUUUGGGACACAGUCCAGGUGUAGCUUGCUCAUCAAGCAGCACUCAUGGGCCACCACACCAUGGUAAUGCAAUUGGUCCUUCUCUGAGUACAGCAGUGCCACAAGAUAGAGCUCCUUUUUCUGUACCUCCAAGACUUGUUCCCCCAGGGGCUGAUGGAAACUCUAGCAUCACAUUUAGAGAGAGACCAUACUAUCCUGCUCCACAGAGGACCAACAUAAAUGUUCCGCCUGUCCCAACACUUUCUGGUUCAUCUGAUAGCAUGGCCUUUGUGCAUGGUGGAUAUGUCCCCCGAGUAAUUCCUCAUAACACCAUCCGCUCUUAUCCCGCCCCAGCAUUUGGGACUUCCUCCAACUCUGCUGCGGUCUCCCAUGAGCCUGGUAUCCCUAGCUAUCCACCUGCUGUCCCUAGCUACCCGCCUGCUACCUCAGCAGCAACAUCAAGUGCACCGCCAUUUCAUGCUGAAACUGCUGCAUCUUCAAGACAUCUGGAGCACGUGGCUCUAGGCCCUGGUGGUAGUGCUAGGAGUAGAAGGCUGAGGGAUGCCUACCAUGCUUUCCAUCCGUUGAUCAUUGAGGAAAAUAAUUUGAGAGGAUCAGCAGCUGAGCGGUUUAUGAUGCUGGACCAGUUAGUUAUCCAUGAAUCAAGAGAAGAUUCUGAUCCUCACUGGGACAUGAGAUUGGACAUUGAUGACAUGAGUUACGAGGAACUGCUCGCUCUGGAAGAGCGUAUAGGCAGCGUCAGCACUGGUUUGGCUGAUGAAAAAAUUUCAAGCUGUGUGAUGGAGGUAACAUGCUGCAGCUCUGCUCGUGCCCAGGAUGGCAUUGGCAAGGAGAACACAAGAUGCGUGAUUUGCCUGGAGGAAUACAAAUUCAAGGACUCCAUGGGGAAGCUGAAAUGCGGUCAUGACUAUCACGCUGACUGCAUCAAGAAAUGGCUGCAGGUGAAGAACGUCUGCCCAAUCUGCAAAGCUUCUGUGGCAGACGACAGUGGAGGGAUUGAAUGAAGCAUCUCUCCUACUCCAUUCGUCCUAGCUCAGGCCCAACUGUUGAUCCAUUUUGGCUGUGUAAAUAAGUGAUGGUCCCGAAACGGAAUUAUUUGUGAGCACAAUUCGAACUCUGACAUCUUGCCCUGUGUAAAUCUUAUUCCUCAAGCUAGUUGCUAAUCGAUGGCAGUGUUGUUCAGUGAUCACAUGCCGGUAUCGUUCCUGGA